AUGGUUGUAAAAAAAAUAUCAGGAGAUAUAAUACAACAUUAUGUAGGGAAAAAUGAUUUUAAAAGAAAAUGUUUUAAAACAUUAGAUAUAUGCAAAAAUAAUAAAUCAACUUUACGUAUUAUCGAUUUAAAGAGUUAUGUUAAAAACUUAAUAUUAGGGCUAUCAAAUGAUGAGCUGUCAAGAUAUCAAAAUAUGUUUAACAAAAUAAAUAAAAGGAAUAAUAAAUAUAAUAAUUUAUUUUAUAAUAUAUCAAAAGAUUGUAAUAAUAAAAUACAAAUGAAUGGAAAAAAGAAAAGUAGUAACAUACAAAAUGUAUGUAAAUAUAAUUGUGAUAUGCAGAAUAAAAAUUCUUUAUUUAAUUAUGAUAUAAUGUAUAGAAACAAUAUAAGUAUUUUUCUGAAGAGAAGGAACAAUUUCCAUACGUUGAAUAAAAUAUUUCGAAAAGGAAACGAUGUAAUACAAGAUAAUACAAAAUGUAAAGAAUAUAAGAAUUCAAUUAAUAAUAUGAAAAUGAAUAAAAAGGAUGAGUUUAAUAUUAAUAAUGAUAUAAAUAAGAAUGAUAGUAAUAAUAAAAUAUAUGAGAUAUAUGAGAUAUUACAUAAAUAUGAAAAGAGUAUUAAUUUUUAUAAAUAUAUGUUUAUUAUGAAUAGUUUAGUUGUGAUAUUAAUUUUAUGUGGUUUGUUUGUUUUUACGGGAGAUAUAAUAAAUAAAUAUAUUAUAAAUAAGAUUGAAAAAGUAUUAGAAGAUAUAAAGAAUUCAAAAGAAAUUGAAAAUAACCUAAAAGAAAUUAUUAAUAGUUUAAUAUAUAAUGUAGUAGUACAAGAGAAAAAUAAAAUGAUAACUUCAGCUUUUUUUAUUGAUGUAUUAAAAAAUUCAAGAAAAGAUAUGGAAAAUGUAUUUAUAGAUAUUUUAGAAACCGAACAAGUAAAAAAUAAAUUAAGAAAUGUAUUUCAAGAUAUAUCUAUAUAUUUAUGUAAUAAUAAAGAAGUCCAAAAAAAAGUAGCAUACUUAUUAGCAGAAGCAAUACAUUUACCAGUAUCAAUUUCUAUAUCCAAAAAAUGGUUAAAUGAUUUAUUUAAUUCAGAAGAAGUUACACAAAAUAUGAGAAAUAUUAUAUAUAAAGAAUUAUUUAAGAAUGAUGAAAUGAUAAAUCAUUCUAUUGGAUAUUUACAAUAUAUACUUCUAAAUACAUUACAAAAUAAAAAUACACAUGAAAUGACCAAAUUAUUUUUGAAUUCUAUAUUAUCAAAUCAAGAGUUCCAAAUACAACUUUCAGAAAAUGUCUGGAAAAUUUUCAAAUUAGCCUUAUCCCCAAAAUGGAUGAAUAAUGAAGACUUUAAAAUUGUUUUAAAAGAUAGUAGAGGUGUGGAGAAAAUAAUUAAAAAGGAAUUUAAUGUUAAUAACAAGAAUGUAAACACUAUAAGCUGUGAAAUGGAUAACACUAUUAAUAGUAAUGGUAAUUAUAGUAGUACGGAUCAUUUAUCGCUCAUCAAUAAAAACUUUUCAAGUGAUGAAAAUAAUAGCAUUAAUAAUCACAGGUGUGAUGAUAAAAACAAUUAUAAAUAUGAUGAUAAAAACAAUUAUAAAUAUGAUGAUAAAAACAAUUAUAAAUAUGAUGAUACUAAAAACCAUAAUGAUGAUAGUGCUUAUAUGUCUGUGGUCGCUUCUGAAGAGGCAAAAACCAAAAUGAAUAUCAAAUAUAUAGACGAAAAACUAAAUAAAGAUAAAAUUAAAUAUAUAGAUAAUUUAAAAAAUACAGAAAAAAAAAAAAGUAUAGAUGGAAAUAUUUUUAUCCCAUUAAAUUAUCCUAUUAAUCAUACAUGUAAUGAUCACCGCAUGUGUAAUAUUUGUCAACAUUUUAAUCAGAAAUUAAAAAAUGAAAUAAAAUUUAUUCUUCAUAUUUUUCAAAAUUAUGAUGAAAACAAUGAAAAAAAUAUUCGUACGAAUAAUAAUUCCAUAUCUAUAAAACCAUAUGAAAAUCAAAAUAAUUUAAAUUUUAAUCAGGAAGUAAAUAAAACAUUACAAUUAAAUAUUAUAACAGACACUUUAAAAUCUUUAUUAAAUUCUUCUCAUAUCUUUUUUGAUAAAACCAUUUUGCGUAUCCCUACAUAUAAAAUUCAAAAUGUUCAUGAAAUGCACGCAAAGUUUACAUAUCCAUUCCUACUCAAUAUUUUUAAACACAUGAAUACGAAUACAGAUAAAAAGAAAUCACAAUCUACGCAAGAUAAUUUAAAUCCUAUACAAAAAGUAAUAUACAAAUACUCGUUAAAGGAAAAAUUAUACUUAAAUUUAGUUGAUAUGUUUUUAUUCUAUUCUUAUAAAUAUUAUUUCUAUUAUUAUUAUGUCAUUAAAUUAAAGUACAUAUUGUAUGACCAUUUUAAGGACAAAUAA